AUGGAGGGCCCCACUGCUGGCGCCACCCAGCCGCUGCUGGGCGACGUGGAGAGUCAGUGGAGCGGCUCGCCCCGCCUUCAGGAUGUUGAGGACCGGGUUACCGAGCAGUGCAGUGUCACAGAGCUCCUUGAAUCGGGCCAGGCGCAUGUGCUGCGCUUCCUUCAGAACAAGGGAGUAGCUCUGCUCGGCGAGUUUGAGGAGGAGGAUGGUAUCGUGUUCCCCGCUUUUGGGGACUCCGAGCUGCUCACCUUUGGCGCCAACAGCCGCAAGCUGGACUACGAGGCGGAGUGGCGCAAGCGGCUGAGGGAGGAGAGCGGCAAGAAGGCGGCCCAGGGGGGGUGGACGAACAACAUUGCAUUGGAGGCUUACGUAGUGACCGUCCGCAACGCCGCCGCCCCAGACUGCCGUGGCCUGUUGCAACCGCUGCUGAAGCGCUAUCAGGCGAAGCGGUGCAGUUACGCUGUCUUUGCGCUGCCAGCUGUGGAGGCAGUGAUCAAGUUCAAGCUCAUCAGCUUCAAUGUCUUCACCAUUGCUUUCCAGGACGAGGAGCUACACCUGAGUUUGCGCGGCCUGCUGGCCAGCACGCGCGGCAGAGUCACGGUGGCAGCUGAGGUGUUAGCCCUGGUGGGCAUGGUGCCAUUCCUGCUGUUGGAGGUGGGCACGAUCCCUGCAUAUGGGAUUGGGUGGCUAGAUAUGUGGAACAUGUUGGACCUACUCAGCUACUUCACGCAGAUCUGUGCGACAAUCCUGCAUCUUGGGCGGUUCUACACCAAGUCGGAAUGGCUUACUGCGGCACUGGCAGUGCAGUCCAUCCUGCUGGUGUUCAGGCUGCAGUUCUUCACACAGGCCUUCCAGGCUGUGCGCAUCUCCUACCUGCCAAUCAUCAAAGAAGUGUGGAGCGACCUGCGCCCCGCGUUCUACCUCAUGCUGCUGGUGAUGUGGGGCUUCGCUUGCGCGUUCAACAUCGCUUUGCGCCGAGACCAAGAUGCGCAAGAGGAAUACACGAAUAUCAUCACGUCCUUUCUGAUGAUGUUCCAGCACCAGUACGGCGACAUGGAACUGAAGCCGUUCUGGCAGACGAAGAACAGCCCCAAGAUUGCAACCGCGCUGGCAGUUGCCUACACGUUUAUCCAGGCAAGCUGGCUGGAGCGUCGUCACCCAAAUUGGUUCCCGUCAUACGUGCACAUGCUCAGAAUCAACCCCGACAAACUAGACAGGGUGGAGCAGGACGCAUUGUGGAGCCACAUGGGCAAGGAUGAGCCUCAGGUGCUGCAAACCGCCGACUCCAACCCCCUCACUGGCGGCCACCCACGCCACAUCAAUGGCCAGGGUGAGGGCAACGACGGCGACAACGAGUGGGAGGGCGAGGACGAGGGGCAGAAGGGCUCGUCCAGUGUCGACAUCGCGGGUGGCUCUGCCGCCCAGCUGCGAGAGCAAAUGGAAGCCAUGCAGCGCCAUCUGGAGGAGCAGGGCCGCCUGCUGCGAGCUGUGUGCACGCACCUGGCGCUGGCUCCUGACGAGGGGCAUGCCAGCGGUUCUUCUUCUGUUGGGGGCAGCUAG